AUGGCUCGUUUUAUAAUGUUAAUUAAUUGUCUGUUUUUGAUGAAUUUGUUAUGUUAUUUUAUGUUUCCUGUAUCUGCCAUUCCAACACCUCAAGAUACACAAAAGAAUGAUAAAAUAAUACCAACAACAAAUACCGAUAUUUCUUCCCCUUCAAAAAUCCCAUCGAAUCGUUUACUAUUCACCGGAGGUCAUUGGUUUAAUGAACCAGAUAUGAUCACUUUCUUCGUAAGAAUGGAUGAAUCAGUUAAUAUUGAUACGAUACCUAGUACUUAUUUAAUAAUAGGGAAUAGUGAACGAAUUUUGAUGUCGUCACAUUUAAAUAAUGUAUCAGGAAUUGGUUUAAUUAGAACUGUAUCUUUUCCUCGAGACGGUCAUUGCCGGGAAUAUCAUUUUGAAACACUUCAAUUUGGUAAUGUCAAUAGAUGGCCUAAAAAUAACGAUCUUCUUACUGUAGAAGGUGACCGUUGUCUCAUGCCAAUUAAUGAAGGUCUUGCGUGGUUUAUAUGUAUAGUUGAUCUAUCGAUAGCUUUCGCUUAUUACACUAUUCCAUUUCAACUAAUGUACUUUAUGAGAAAAGAAUUGUUUUAG